AGCAGAAUCCAUUCGUUGGACCGUCCUUGCGUGCCAUGCCGAUGUUCCUCCUUACGCUGUUCCUAUUGGUGGAAUCGGCGGAACACUGCGAAAACUGUGAGUCUACAGCCUUCCUGCAAUACCGAGAGGUGACUCACGGCUUGGAUCUGAUGACGACGAACACAACGGGAGGACAUUGCGAGAAAUGCGUCUGCGAGUUUCUCGAGAGCAUCCCGGAAUGCGGCUAUGAGGUGGUGAAGGAUGCGACGAAGUGCGGAACUGAAGUGGGGAAAUGCACUUGGGUGAUUAUCAAAAAGGGUGCGAAGUGCAUCUUGAAGCCGAAGAAAUGCAAGAAGAAGGUUUGUCAGCAUAUCGCCAAGACAUGCCCAGUGGGGAAGAACUGCUUCAAGAAGAUGCCUUUCGACCGGUGCCUAGAUGAGCUCUCUGGAAGCAGCGACAUGGUGAAAACUGCCGUGAACGCCUUGAAGACGGCCAAGACCUUCGUGGUCAAAGACUUGAAACGAGAUGUGCUGCGUGGGCUGACGAGCGUAGGGAAUGACUUGCUAAAGUUUCUCACUGACACCUUCCCUGGAGGGAUUGAACAGCUUAUGAAACAGUUCAACGUCCUUGACAUGGCCAACUCAUUCUUGAAGAUGGUCAUCCAUAUUUAUGAGGAUUGCUAUGAUGGAUUGAAGUCCUUCUUCAAGAAGGUGAUGAAGAUCUUCCAAAAAGCCACGAAUGGUCCCUUAAAGCUUCCUCGGAACAAAGAUGGAGAGCACUGCGCGUUGAAGUGGGACAUGACGAUCUUCUUCUACACGGACUGUGGCUUGCGAGCAUACAGGAUUGGCAAUGAAUGUGGCAGGUCCUUUUUUGUUCGUACAAUCACAACCACUAUCCAC